AUGGAGAAUGCAGCACCAGCUGCUGCCAAUAUUGGAGGACGUCGUGAACCUUCUACCGACCCUGUCAAGGAUCAAGGAAUUUUACGAUCAGUGGUUCACAAAAGUAACACUGCAGCCCGAUUAUGGCCCCAAAGAUGGUAUUUCUACAGCAAAAUUCGAGAAGUUCAAGAAUAUGAAGCUCGAAAAAUAGGUAUGACGGUAGAAGAAUAUCGCGCAGCACUACAGUGCCACAGCAGUCAACCCGAGCCAAAACAGUACCCAGUAAUCGUGGACCCAUCUCCAACACCUUUACCGCCCACGUCGUCAGGUAUGAUUGGCCGGCGUGCGCAAUGCCCAUUAGAACGUUACGGUCCUCUGGUGAAAUCCGCUCGAGAUUAUCCGACCCGCCCACCGCUAAGACACGGGCAAAUUUACGACCCUUACAAGCAGACAAUUGUAUUCUUAGGGAGCGUCGAUGGAGACCCCAUAUCGUACAAACUUCCACCAUCGAGAUCUGAGGUGACAGACGAGAUGUGGGCGCAACCGCGUCAAUUGACUGUGUCACCACUAGGCUGGGACAAUUUGCAGAAAGUACUACAAGAAAGCGAAAGACUCAACUCCUAA